UUACCCCUCCCCUCCCUCUUUUUUUUUUCGCUUCCUACAAAUACGUCGAGUUGCACAAAGGGAAUAAAUUAUCGAACCACGUUUCCAUGUGAUCGAGUCGUGUCCCAACCACCUCGCGAGUUUCACGAGGUACGAGAGCGUGGUUGGAUCGAGAGUGACAUACGAUAAUACUCGAGUGUGUAGGCAGUGAUGUAAAAGUGUGGUAAAUAGACAGGAAGAUUUUUGUGAGUCGAGUAUAUUGUGAGAUGUGUUCUUGUUGAUUUUUAUUAUUAGACGAUUGGAUGAAAGGACUGGUAGAUAAAGGUGGAAAAGAAGAUUGUGUGGGUGUUGAUUGAACGGGGUUGCGUUGAAAUGUGUAGAUAAGGUUAAAAAAGAGACUCGAUUUCAUUGGUUAGAAGUAGAAGAGGCUCGAGCGGUUUACACGAUGGAUAAUGGACUUUGCUGAAGGACUUCCCUUCAGUUUCUUUUAACACAGACGCUUCACGUACCUCGAGAUCGAGAAUCGAGAAUAUCGUGGCGAUUCACGGGGAUAGAAAAUAGCUUUGCGAUGAACCAAGCGAAACGAGAGAUCGGCAUUAGAUCGGCUGUAUCUUGAGACUAUUUAUCAAAGGUCACCGCACGAGGAAAAGACAAAGGAGAAAGAAUUCCGAUAUGGACGAUCUGAAAUCCCUCAACAAUUCGAGCCAACCCCUGUGAAGGAAGGCAGGAAAUAAAUGGAUACGGGUGAAGGGAAGAUGAAGCGUGAAGAAGCAAGCAAGAAAGAAAGCCAAUAGAAUCAGGUUACCUCUAACAUCGGUGGAGGAUUGCAUCUUGUGUUCGUGGUUGAACAAAGAACAUUUUGAUGUUGUACGCGAAGGAAGUGGGGCAUUGUUACGAAAUAAAUAAACUCGAUGGACGUUUUUUCGAAACGACACACUUCUGGAUGGGAACACUGUUAUUUAUAGUCGAGCAACUUAACCGAUACGGUUUUGCGUUAUUUGGAACCUUAGGCUGGGCUGGAAGUGACUUAGAGAGGCGGUAGAGAUGACAGCGAUGUCGAGGCAGCGGUACGCGAACCGCAGCAGCGGGAACAGAUAAGGAAGGGAGGAGCCACGCGUCGGGCAAUCAUGUGUAGUGUCAUGUGGCUCCUUCGGCUCCUAACGACUUGCUGCCUCGUUUAUCUAUCGACGUCCGACUUCCACACAGAUCUAUCAAUAAUAACAGAUUCAAUAUCAACGAAAUCGACGACGGCGGCAAAGCGAUCGGUACCGACGGAUGCGCCGAUGUUGAACUACAUUUUCGAUGCGCACAGCACGCUGAACAAACAUCAACACCAUCACGAUCACAGGUGGGGCCCCCAUUUCGAGGGAGAAAGCAAGAAUAUGACGGUACAGGCUGGCGGUAGCGCCCUGCUUGACUGCAGGAUAUCCUUGCUACAAGAUAAAACCGUGUCUUGGGUACGCAGGCAAGACAAUGGGGAAAAGGUAAAUUUGCUGACAGUGGGUCAGCAGACGUACAUAGGAGACCCAAGGUACACGGUGAAGUUCCAAUACCCGGAUAACUGGCGUCUACAAAUCCAACCGGUGAACAGUAGCGACGAGGGCCAGUACGAGUGCCAAGUCAGCACUCAUCCGCCCAAGUAUAUUCACGUGAAUCUUCACAUCAACGCACCAUCCGUCCAAAUAGUGGACGCCCUGGGUGAACCUCUGAGAGACAAGUAUUAUGAGGCUGACAGCACUAUAGAGCUGUUAUGCGUUGUGCGCCACAUAGCAAUGCAAGUGCAAUACAGUGUCGUGCAGUGGCUUCACGGCAACAGAGUUUUGAACUACGACACGACGAGAGGCGGUAUCAGCGUGAAAACGGACCUAAUGGAAGAGGGGGCCAAUUCGACUCUCAGCAUAGCGAGGGUGGGACCAGCUGACAGUGGAAACUACACGUGCCAUCUAACCACCAUGCCCGAUCAACCUGCCACCGUUCACGUGCAUGUGCUGAACGGAGAAAGCUUAGCCGAGCUGCAUCACGGUUCCGCAGAGGUCGCCAGUAACGGUUCGUUGCUGCUCCUCUUAUGCGUCUUUCUCGGUCGGAUACAACAGGUGCUGAGAUGAAGGAUCGACCAGUUUCGUCGCUUCCUCGCCGCAUCACAAUACACAGAACUUUUAUAUUAUCGUUGGGAGAAUGGACGUGGCCACACGUGAACAAGAAACGUGAAAAAACGGACGAGAGGAGGGCGGUGAAUGCAAAAAACUUGAAAAGUUGAAACUCUGCGAGAGGAGAAUGGGCUUGAGGCGUGGGGAAAGGUUGGCAGCAUUGGUCCGCCAUUGUCUUUCUGCGUCGCUCACAUCCUUGAUUCCAUCUGUCAACUUGUCAGAGCGCUUCGACCUCGCGUUUUUUGUCCUUCCAGCUAGUGGAGCACUGGUGGUUAAUCGGAAGCUGAUGAAUCAUCCUGGGAGGAGGAAUUUGUCGAUGAUUGGUUGGGUUCGAGGACCCAAGGAAAUUGAGAGGUUAAGAUUCGUCUUGUGCCUUUGUAUUUCGGUUUUCGGGGUAGUUUGGAGUUUAGUUUCGAUAGGGUGGAAUUAACCCUUAUGUCGAUAUUUCGAGUAUCUUUUGUUGCUUUUACAGUGGAGGGGAAGAUACUUGGAUUUUCUUUUUUAUUUAUUUGCACAAAAUUCUAAAAUAUUUUCAAUUUCAAUUUAAUUAUUAUUUGAUUUAUAUUCUUAGAUUGGAAGUUAGAUCUUUAAGGAUUUUUUGAUUAUUGAAAUUUUACAAGUCGAAUGAUGUCGACAAUUCGGUCAAUAUUAUUGAUAUAAGGGUUAAGAAUAAAUUAAUUUAAGGUAAGUUAGUUGUACUAAUCCAAAUAUGGUGUAUACAUUUCAUAUCCAUUUUAGGUGUAAACGUCUCGCAACCUAACGUGGAUGUCAGGUGCAUAUCUUUUACUAAGUUAAUUCGUAUAAUUGAAAGUAUCAUUCUCAUUCAUUCUACAUUGAUCCUGUAUGAUAAAUCUUGAAAUCAUCGAAUGCAUAAUCAAGUUUAUGAUAAUAAAUAAGUACGUACAGAUUUAAUUUACGUACGAAAAUAUAGAAAUAUAUUACAAUUUUAACAUAUCUUCUUGUUCAACGCUCGGAUAGACUGAAUUACCAAGUAAUUAGAAAAGAGAAAAAAUUUAACAUAUUCACCGUCUAUAUUUAUAUUAUAAAAAAAAAAUGUUCUUUCUUUUUAUGUUAAAAUCCUUAGAAUUACGAAUUAAAAAUUAAAAAUUAUCUUAACCUUCAUAUGAAUGGAUAGUAAACGUGUUAAGUUUCAUCGAAUAAUCAAUCAUUCCAUACUUUUAUAUUUAUUUCUCAUUUAUUUUAUACAGAGAAAAAUGAUAGGAACAUGGAUUAUCAUAGAAUUUCUUAUUUCCUCUUUUUCAACUGUUCCGUAAUUUUAUAAGUCAAAAGUGAAAAAAAUAUUCCAUAUUUCCAUCAUUUUCUCUGUGUUAAGCAUUAUCGAGAACCAAUACUAAAAAAUAUUCAAAAGAAUCAUCGAUAAAAAAAAAGAAACCUCUCGGCAAUCAGAAUCAUUCUACCGUGCAAGGAAACAAAAAAAAAAAAUCGAAGCACAAUAUGUAACUAAAAAUUCCUUCCUCCCUGAAAUUGAAACAUUUCUUUCCCAAAUUUUUUAGGGAAUUUUGUUCCCGGCAAAAAUGCAGAAAAAAAAAUACUUCCGCGAAAAGUCGGUCCUCGAUCGAAUUUCCAUAAACGCAUUCCACAAUCGUCGAAGCGUUCCAAAUAAGUGUCGGGUGCAGGGACGUCGACAAAGGAAGUACGAGCCAUGCGCCACCGAUUUCCUGUAGGAUGCGUGUCGGUGAAGUUCGAUUAUGCCCGGAAACCACCUCGACGCCCCUGUAUUUCCUUAUUCACUGCCGCUCCAGAUCCUUCUUGAGAAGCAAGUUUUAUGGGGCACGAUGAUCCUUCUGAACGAUCUUGACGUGUGUUCGUCGAAAAAAAAAAACAGCCGUGAUAAAGUUAUAUCAUACAUCGAUGAUCGAGCGUCUUAGGUAUUUGUACGCGUAUUUGUUUCGAAAAUUGAACGAUUCGUUGCGAGGAUUGUUCAAAUUUGUUUAAUUACGAAUCCCUUUUUGUUGAAUUAAAUUAUUUUGGACAGGAUUUAUUAUUGACAUUUAUUAAUCAAUUUCGUUGUUCCAAUUAAUUGUUCGAUAAAAUUCAAAAAAGAAUAUAAUUGAUUCUUCUUUCUUUGAUUUCCUUUAUUUUUAAUAAAAUUGAUGAUACCUCGAUACAAUUAUAUCCAAGUUAAAAUUGAACCAUCCUCGUGAAAAAAUAAGAAUCGAUUGUGAGAUAUAUUUGCCUAGAUACGGACCACUUGAGCGAGGCUCGAAUUAUCAGUAUUAUCUAAUUUUUUAAAGAGCCAGGUUAAAGCGCGAGUGAAAGAAACCGGAAGUCAUCAAGAGCGCGCAAAGUCGAUGACGAAGCGGCAUCAUCGAGAAGGGCGUGAUCGAUGGCGUGUUAACCGCGUUGUGAACGUUAUAUUCGCGAAGUAAAUCACUCUGAUUUAUUUCGAAGAAUGUUGAACAAGUGAUAAAAAAAAAAAGUUACGUAUGCAUGAUUUGUUGAAGCGAGUAUGUACGGGUGUGCUUAAUUCGUAACAGCGACACUAGCGCCAGCAUUUUGUACAUAUGUAUGUAUACUUUCCUAAUUAACGAGAAAUUUGUUAUUUCAUUUUUAUUGUUGAGAAAUUGUAAGGAAUAAGGGAGCGCGGGGAGUCCUGAGAAAUGAAAGUGAUAUAAAUGAAAAAAUAUUUAAUAAAUUGAAUCAUCAUGAAACAUCUGAAAAAUUUAAAAAUUCUCGGAUGGAAUUCAAUUUUCUUGCAACUUUCAUUUUAAUGGACGAAUACAAAUUAAAAACGAUGUUGUUCGUUCGAAGGAUGAAAUAUUCUUUGGAAAAUUAUUGGAAAGAUUAUUGGGAGGUGGAUGGAAAAUUGUGUUACGAAUUAAGGAUCGGGUAUUUGUAAAGCGACUCAAUGGGCACAAUGGGAUAUGAAAAAAAAAAAAAAGAAAAAGAAAAACAUAAAACUGCCAACCUAAUCCCAAGCUCAUCAAUUAAGUGAUAAUGAAGAGAAGUUUUUAAAGCGAUGGCAGCUAACGCGUUUUACAUAAAGUUGUUUAUUUUUUUUUUCCGGGAUUCAAUGAUCUAUCCGCUCCAUAGAUCAAACAGCUCGAAGAGCAAUCGAAUGUCUCUGUAUCGAGACAGAUCGCGCAGUAAUACUCGAUAAAAUCGACAUAAAAUUCAAAGUUUUCUCCGACGGCAAAAUUAUGAAAUAUACGAUAUGCGUUUUACAAGAAUGCGUUGUUCCUUUCAUUUAU